AUCUAGAUGUUUUUAAAGCAAUUAAAAUCCCAAAGAUGGAAGAUUGGAUGUGCAGCGGAGAAUAUCCUUGGAGACCACAACUGGAGACUGAGUUAUAGUAGUUCAGCCAGGUCAUCAUGCUGUUCAGAACCUCUCUCGCCGUGGUCGGUCUGGCCGUAAGGGCUCUGGCGGUCACCCAGAUCAGCGAUAGUGAUAUGAAUGGUCUUCUCGAUGCGGGCGGCGUGGAUCUCGCUGAUCGAUACGCUCCCCUGUGGUUCUUUGGCCAGGCUCAGAACCAGCCGCCAUGCUAUCCUACUUGGGCUUUCGGAGGAUCUCCUAACUCAUCUGAUAUCUACGAUUCCUCUCAUCAAACUCCCGCCGCACCGCAGUGCGAGUACCCCAAUGUGGGAUGCUAUUGCCGCAACCCGGGGGUUGGCAUUGGCAAUCCCGGUCCAGCCUUUCCCAUCUACUACACGUAUCAAAAGUGUAAUGACAGUGAUAUUCGAGUUGUCUACAACCUAUUUUACCAGAAGGAUGGAGCGCAGUUUGGUGCUAUCGCGACGGGUCACAACUAUGACUGGGAACGAGUGAUCAUCAUCCAUUCUAAGAACAGCAACAAUAUGUGGGCGCCAUCUCGUGCUCUCCUUUCUUCUCACAGUGGCUACCACGAUUUGGCAUGGGGCAAUAUUCAGAAUACACUUACAACACAGCAGAUUCAACAAGGCGAUGCCAAGGAUCCUAAUGGCGUUCAGAACAAUGAUCACCCAAAGGUCUAUGUGUCUUGGUCGAAGCAUGCGAACUUCGAUACUCGCAACACCGGCUGGAAUGAUCCUGUCAGCCAGUCAACCGACAACGCUUUCCGUAGUGACGACUGGUGGUAUUAUGUCGACAAGACAUACUACAUUCGAUCAGACGACUCGACACAAGCUGGCCAGGCUCUGGGAAGUGCGAAUUGGGGAGAUGCUACCAGUAACCCGCCUUCUGUGCAUGCGGGAGUUUGCUCUGCUCCAUAGGCCGUUCAGCACUGCUAGCGACUACCGAUUUCUACUAUACCAAAAUCCAUCACUCAUUGGACUACCAGUAGAAUAUUCGUAAGAUCCUUGUUUACAAAAUAUAGCGACUGCUCUCCGUAGGUUGACCUCCCGUGGGAAUAAUAUUCGGGCCUAUCCACACAAAACUCCCUGUUAACAAUGGCGACUGUGCACGAAAUUAUCCCAGAAAACUAUCCCGUAAGUCUUAUUUAUAAAAUGUAAUUUUAUCAAACGG